CAUCCGCGGCGGGGAUGGUGGCAGGAUGCGGCGGCGGCGGCGGAAUACUUGUCCGAUCGCCGGGCUGCACCUGUCUACCCUGUUUUGCUUCUUCUAGGAUUCCCGGACCCUAACCUAUCCAAUCGUCACAGCCUAUCUCCACUCAAAACCCAUCUUAAAUUGUACCGGAGCCCUAGAUUGGCUCGAGCUGCCGAGUCAACUCCGUCGUCUUCCAUUGCCUCUGGUAAUGCUGACAAGUCAGUCGUCCCCGAUGCUGAAUUUACGCUCGCCAAAGUUUCUUUCGGUGUUAUUGGAUUAGGACUUGGCGUUAGUCUUCUCUCGUAUGGUUUUGGGGCUUACUUCAAUAUCCUUCCAGGGUCUGAAUGGUCAGCGCUGAUGCUGACCUAUGGCUUUCCUCUAGCAAUCAUUGGCAUGGCUCUCAAGUAUGCAGAACUUAAGCCCGUACCCUGCGUGACUUAUUCAGAUGCCCUGGCACUGAGAGAAAAGUGUUCAACUCCAAUUCUCAAUCAGGUCAGAAAUGACGUUACAAGAUAUCGUUAUGGGGAUGAGCAGCAUCUGGAUGAAGCAUUAAAGCGAAUUUUCCAAUACAGCCAGGGUGGUGGUAUUCCUCGGAGGAGUGCUCCAAUUCUACAAAAUAUACGGGAAGAAGUUACCGAGGAUGGCAGAUAUUCACUGGUAUUGAUAUUUGAGGCCAAAGCACUAGAGUUGUCCGACUUUGAAAAAAGAAAGGCAAAAUUUGCUUCCUUCUUUGGGCCAGGGAUCACUGCUGAAAUUUCUGAGAGCGGGAAAGAUUUAUACGAGGUCAAACUAAUUUCUAACACAACAUUGUAAGCAGACAGUCUACGAGUUUUUGUUGGGAAUUCAAUAGAAUAUACCAUUCAGGGUUGUUCUACAUUUUUGUGACCCUAUUGUAUAGCACAAGUUAUUUCUGUUGUAUUAUAUAGUGGAAGCAACAGGUGAAUUAUCACUGGUUAUAGAUUCCUGUCUUUUACA